CCGGGGGCGGCUCUCCCCGCCGGGGCAGAUCCCGGCCAGCCGUGCCAAGCGCGCAACGCCAGCAAGCGCGGCUGGGCGCCGGCUCUUGUGCUGGACGUGGCACCGGGCGGAGGCGGGCGCUGCUGCUGCUGCUGCGUGCAUGGAGCAGAGGCUGGCCGAGUUCCGGGCUGCCCGCCGCGGCACCCGCCACACCGCUCCCUCGGCAAAGCCCCCAGGAAAGGCGGCGGAGGCGGAGAAGGAGCAGGCCCAAGCCCGGCCCCCGCUGCCGAGUGAGGUUGGUUAGCUUCGGCCCGAGGCGGCUCCGCCUCCCGAGGCGCGUUGCGGGGAGGGGAAGGCCGCGUUUUCAGCCGCUCGGCCUCGGGUAGACGCGCAUAGGAUCGCGCCGCCACUCUCCUUGCAGGUUCUUCUGCCGCUGCAGCCGCUCUCCCGUCAGAGCUGCCGCGUGCAAUAUUGCAACUCAAGGCGAGGCUUAUGUUGCGCGGUACCGCUGCACGAGUGUUGUGUGCUCAGUGCUCCAGCACCAAAAACGUCAGGCGAAAGUUGUUAGCCUGGCCGCCUUUCUGACGUACUGAUUUCCUGCGUGUACAGGUUCCUUCAUUCCUGCAUCGCAGGGGGUUGGACUAGAUGACCCUAGGGGUCCCUUCCAGCUCUGCUGUUCUAAGGUUAUCUCCUUCCUCCACCCCGCCGUGUUGGAGCAUUCACAAAUGAAACCCCUGCCUUGAGCACUCCAGGAAGAACUUUAGCACUUGGCUCUGCUCUUCCUAUACUGAUUUAUUUAUCCUCAGAGAACCUUCUCUCUCUCCUGGGCUCUACUAUUAUCUCAUACAUUUUAAUCACUACAGUUUUCUAACCGAGAUCCUCAGGGCUUUCUCAUCUCUACACCAUCCCUGUGAGGUAGGAAUAGGAUAGGCCGAUGAUCUUCAUGUUUCUUCUGUAGCUUUGUCGUCCCUGGAGCAAUGAAUGAGUCAGGGCAAGAUGCACAGCCAAGCAAGAAUUUGAACCCAAGUGUGCCUGGUGGUGAUGCUUUCUGUUUUACAGUGCAUACUGAUCAAAAUGUUCAUUAUGAUUGGGAGCGGGCAUGUGUGCUCGUGAAACCUUGUUGGGGCAGCAUUGUAACACCAUUUGCACCAUAUCGUGGAGAUGUGGUCCAGCGUCCUUCAGGAAUUUAGCCAUACAUGGUCGGUCCAUCUUUUAUUACGGAUGGAGGACAAUUUUUCUUCUCAUGGCAACAGUUGCCUUGCAGUUCAUCAUUUUACCAUCUAGUGAGGUGUUCCAAGGGAUUGACAGUAUAGUUGGGGAAAACUACAUGUUAUAGAGAGUUAAAUUGGUAAAUUUUGUUAAGAAAAGGAAACAGGAGUAAGGCUGAAGAGUAAGCGUUAGAAAUAAGGGUUUGAGACAGCAUGCAAACAAACAAAACACCCAAACCCUCUCAUCUGCUGAGAUUAGUGAGAACAGUGGUUCUCAAAAGGCUGUGGCGUGCCACGCUGGCGUGACAGGAGAGGGUGGCAUGUGUGGCAGGAAGAUUCAAGGACAAUUAAAUAAAAAUUUAAAUGUUUCAGUGUAGUAUAGAUUGGUAUUAAAAUAUGUUUUUUUAUUUGUAGAAUAUGGAUAGGUAUCUUUUCAAAAUGAGAACAAGAACACAGGCUUUUCCACUACAGUUCUCCCUGACAUAUUAUUGUGGCAGACAGGGAUUUUCAACUUGACAAAUACGAAAGAUCAGAAAACAGAAGGGUUUCUUUGUGUUGGAUAAGGAGAUGAGAGUUUGUCUCAAAUUAGACUUAAUAUAAACGAGAUUACCCAGCAAAAGCAAUCUCAUACCUCUCAUUGAAUUUGUAUACAUACUUAAGGUACAUAUGUUGUAAGAGGCACAUUUAUAAUUAUAUUUUGGGAGUGAGUCAUGUUCUUACGUAGCUGCAUUGUUUUAUACUUUCUAGAUGUCCCAUGAUCAUAUUAUAAAGUAGUUGUAUUCCAUGUUAUAAAUCAAGCGCUGCUAGUUGUUUCUUUUUGUUUUCCAAUUUAUUUUUAUCAAUAAAAAAUGGGUGUGGCACAAAGUUUUAUUCUGAAAGUGUGGCCCAGAGAAAAGUUUGAGAACCACUGUUCUAAUAGUAGGGCUGGAGGGGAUGGGCUGAACGGAUAUUUUAGCUACAACUUACUGAGAAUAUAGUUUAAUGAGCUUUCUGCUCUGGUCCCAAGUUCUUUUUUCAGAAUAACUGAGCAUGAGUCUAUAGACAUACCAUUAUUCAUUAUUUGCUGUUUUAUACUUUAUAAAAGCUGAAUCCCAUCGGUUAUGGUGUUGCCCAUGGUCUUCCUGUUUGGAGAUAUUCUGCUGAAAUUUCAGUUUUCUUUGCCCACCUCAGUACUGGUAGCUAGUGAGCCAUGUCUCUGGAUGAUGAUGAUGAUGAUGAUGAUGAUUUUGGAGGGUGGGAACUAAAAACACUGGUCAUCAUUAUAGGUGUGAAGGGUUGGGAAAAAACUGAGGGAAAACAUUUUUCUCCAAAGCCACCCCCCACCUCCAAAUUAAUAACCCCAAAGGAUUAUGAAAUAUUUUCUUUUAGAAAUAUGAACAGAAUGUUUAAAAGAAGAUGGAGCUAGGAUACUUCAGUCAGUAGAGCAUGAGAUUCUUAAUCUCAGGGUCAUGGGACAUAGUGGACAAAAGAUUCCUACAUUGGACUAGAUGUCCCUCAUGGUCCCUUCCAAUUCUAUAAUUCUAUGGUUUAGCCCCCCAAAAUGAUUACUAAAACUGUAUCAGGAAGACUUUUAUCUAAGACUGUGUACAGAUCAUUACAAUUUCUGCACACUGUGACAAACAAUUCCUGAGCUGUGCAAUGAGAGUAAAAUGCAAGAGCAAGAUGCAUUUCUGCUUCUAGGAAGGCACUGCCAUUGAAACAAGAGGAGGAUUCAGUUCCUGCCAUUGUGUCCUUCUGAUUGUUGGCAUAGUUGGUGGAUCUGUUUGUUCUCUUGACUAGGCCUCAAAGGACUGGGAGUGGGAGAAAGUGCAGAACACCAUAAUUUUGUUGCCACCCAGUUCAUGCUGCUGCAAAUCUGUCAGAUCCAAGAUUCAAAGGCAGAAAUGUAAGUGGUGAUAGCACUGCUUCUGUAUUUGAGUGGAAUACAAAACAAGCAGCACUCGUUGGACUUGUUGUUGGAAAGGUAUUUUCGAAUGCUGCAGAGCACAGAAAAUCUUCAGGUAAUUGCAUUCUGCAAUUCUACCAAGCAUAUAUUUCCUGCAACAUGGUGACAUGGCCUUUGCCCAGCACAGCCUGACUCCUCUUGCUUCUUACCUACUUCCUACCUAUUGCUCAAUCUUCUGCAGCGUGUGAAAAAAGUGGUCUUUUUUGGAAAUCAAUAUUCCAUCACGAAAUUGAUCUUAGAAACAAUUGUUGUUCUAGUCUUAAUUAUUUGUCCAUUGCAUAAAUAACCUAGGUGGCUUUUUAUUUUAUUUUGCAGGAAUCCAGUCAAAGGCCAGAAAGGCCCCAAACUGAAGCUGUUACAUGCCCUGCACCAUGGUGGACCAGUUGCUUUCUUCUGAAUGUCACCUUUCUCAAGUUUCUCAUCUGGCUUGUCUUACUGGGACUGUUUGUGGAACUAGAGUUUGGUUUGCCUUAUUUUGUCCUGUCUAUGUUUUACUGGAUCUAUGUAGGAACCCGCGGCCCUGGAGAAAGACAGACUGGAGAAAGAAGUGCCUAUUCUGUCUUUAACCCAGGGUGUGAAGCCAUUGAUGGAACACUUACAGCAGAACAGUUUGAGAGAGAGCUACAGUAUCGGCCCUUAGCCCAGAGGUAACUAGUGCCUAUACCAGUAUCACUAGGUCUAUCCCUCACUUGAGCAAAAUGGGAACUGUUUCCUGUGAGAUUUUUCAUCUCUAGAAAUGUUUACGAUAUUGUAAUUAAAGAGUUGAGCUGCAGUUACUGUUUCUUAUAAAACAAACAACUAAAGACAGUAUAUUAAACAUACAUAUUCAGCCUCCCCCCCAAAAAAAAGGCUCCUAUUCUAGGCUAUAUGGUUCUCACCAUUGAAGCUGUUAUUUUCAUAGACAUCCCUUUCAAAUGAAAGCAAAAUAUCUUGGCCAGCUUUAUAUUAAAAGAUCCAGGAAUGCAUGUACAAAUAUGCAUAUAUAUUUAGAGCAAUGCCGAACAUUAAUAUAUGCACCUAUUCUUUUCCUUGGGGUUUCUCUCCUCACCUAAGUUGAAUUUGGAGACCUCAACAGAACCAGCUGGAGGGGCAGGGGGACCUUACCUUUCAUUGAGCAAUAACCUUCAAGUCUGCUUAUAACUUCUUUUAAAAAUUUGAUCCACUCCAGUGUCAAAAGCAGAAGAGCCACAUUUGUGGAAAGGAUAAUGUGACAAUAUAUAUACAUUAGGUUUGUAUUUCUACUGUAUGUGUGUUUGAUUUAUGCUCAUUGAACUGAAAAUUUGGAUCUACACCCCACUUUUAACAAAAGUCAGCUUGCACAAAAAGUUAAACUGUACUAACACCACCACAUAUGAACAAAACAGCUGCACUAAAUUGGCAGGGGGAAAACAGCAGAUAUCAUUUGCAGAAGUGGUAGAGCUAUGUACCAUCAGCAUGCAGAUGACAUCUCAGCUCAAACUUCCGCAUUCCCAGUGCGGGGAUUUAAGGCACUUGCCUGGAAGCAAGUGAUAUUGAACAUCCAUAGGAUUGUGCUUCAAAUCACCUCCUAAUAGGUGCAGAAGUAAGGUGUGAUUAAUAAACUAACAAAAUAUGAGAAUGUGUUACAAAGGCUUGGAAAAGGCAAACAAAUUUUACUGGUGUGUUGUAUCAGGUGUUGCUUGCAGAAAGCCACAUAUUUUACUUUUUGAAAACAAGCAGGUUGACCAGUCUACCAGCUGAGGUACAAUAUGUUUUAAAUGAAUUUAGUACCUUUUAGCAGACAAUGUCUAAACACAUAACAUACUGUUAAAAUGGAAUCCAUCAGCAUGGUUGGAGUGUUAACUCCUGUUCCUCAGAAGAGUAGCUCCACUACUCUAAUUCCCUGGGACGUUGGAUGUGGAUGGAGAGAAAUUUCCCAGGCCAGAUUACCUGUGUGCAGUUCUGCAGACAGAUUCCCCACUCCCAUACGUGGGGGCCAUAGGAUAGUGGCGCCAUCUGAGUCAGUAGAGACUAUUAAAGCCUAUUUUCAACUCUUAUUGAAUUUAUUACAUUUCACUGUUCGAGUGUGUGUGUGUUUACAAUGUCAGGCACCUGAUUUGAUUCCAUAAAGAUCAGCUUUAUCUUGUAUUAGGGAUACAAGAGAUGCUAGGUGUGCAAAUUUUAUUUUUUUCGGUUGCUUACUUUUUGAAGAUUUAUUCAAUUCAUUCAUUGGUAUGUGUGGAUUCAAGGCCUGAUAUUUUAAAAAUUCAUGAAGGGGAAAAAAAACUUGAUUGAUUCUGCUCAAGUAGAUCUAAAGUAAACUGAGAUACAAAUAAAUUUAAGUCUGACACAUCUUGGAAACCGUGAGGAGAGAAUUACACAGUUAACAUCAAUUGCAGCAAACCUUUAUAUGGUAAAUUACAUUGCUUUUGCAAGACAAGGAUGAAUUCGCACGUGCACAAAGGAACAUAAUUCAUAAUUUGUUACCCAUUUUUAUAACAUUAAAAAAUAAAUACAUGCAAUUGUUUUUUUAAAAAAAAUCAAAACAGGAAGGAUAGAAAUAUGACAUUCACUCAUUUUUAAUGCUUAAUAUAUAUAUAUAUAUUCACCAUUUUGGUACAUUUGCAAUACGUGCCUCCACUUAGGUGCCUCACAAGUUGUAUUAAUUUAACAAGACUUGUGUGCAUAACUGUGGAAUGAAACUUAAGUAGAAUCACAGUGAGUGAGCAGGUUGCUGGUGCGUCUUGGGUUGCUCAAACUGUUUUUGAGCGCCGUAUGAAGAGCAGUCUUAAAGCAUACUAUGAAUUCCAAAGCAAGGGCAGCUUGAACAUUGAGGCUCAUGCACAUUUCCUCUAUUCAUCGGUACUAGUUUUAUUGGGAACGUUAUAAACAGGCUGCUGGUAACGAGAGGGCGUUUCUUGUUUCCCAAGGCUGCUUCCACCAGUCCACAGACAUUGCUGAAGAGAGGUCUUGAAUGCUCUUUUCUGCAUCUGCCGUCUUCUCCCAAGACUAAACAAGCCUUUAAAGGAGUUGCAUAUACUGCAUCCAUCAUCACUUUACUAGGAACACGUUCCAGAAAUGAAAAAUAACUGGCUGAAAGAGGAAUAGCAAUACAAUAGAACAAACAAAUUUAACAACACCAACACUACAUAAUCAGUAGUAAGAGAGGAUUGUGUAUGGGUGGUUUUUUUGGCAGCAAUUGUUUCCUUGGUUAGAGUAAACUGGAAAACAUCUUGUCAGUUGCAAAAGGGCUCUUUGCGAUUUGGGUGGGCUCUACCCAUCUCCUUCCAUGGUCAGAAUGCUCCUGUAAUUCUGCUCCUUGAAAGCACCAUUGAACCAAGCUCUGCCAGUAUGGUUUCCAUAACCUGCCAAGAUAGGUCUGGGGCAAGACCAAAAUAAGGUGGGGGCCCAUGUUUAAUUGAAUUUUAUUAUUUAUUUUUCAAAAAAGGCCUUCAAAAGAGGAGAGGUUAAAAAUUAAGGGAAACACAAAGUGAUUUUAAGAACAAGGGAACAGUUAGUCAAAGUUUUUAACAGCCAUGAAUUUAAACUGCUGCCUAGCCUAGAAUUUUGGUGAAAAUGAAAGAUAAAUAAGAGAAGGUUCAAUUUACACACCAAGACAAAAUUUACUAAAAUUUAGAAAAUGUCUCCUGGGACACAUUCAGUAACCUUGCCUACUGCCUUUUUUCUUGCUGUUCGGUGAAGCAUGUGAUGUUGUUUCCCAUAUGACAAGAUCUAUUAUGCUACAGGAAUUCCAAUGUUGACUAAAGGGCAAAUUAAACAUGGUGGAGCAUGUCACUCAUGUGUCUGCUCUCCUCUCAUAUAACACUGAGCUUGUCUCCCUUCCACAUGCUCCCCCUUCCUUUGUGUAAAUCAGGGGUGGGGACCUCAGCCAGUGGGGUGAGAUGCAACCUUCCUGGACUCUAGUUGGCCCUGGGAACUCUACAGGCGUGGCUUAGACACUGCUAAUCUUCUGAAGUCCCAUUUUCAAAACAAUCUCUAGUAAUAACUGCACAAGAAGCAUUCACAGAUCUCAACCAUGCUUGCCUAUAAAUAGGCAUCUGUAGCACAACUAUUUCCCACCUAUAGGGAUUGUGUUGGAGUGAAUUGUGAAAAGUAUAAUGGGGAAAAGCUUGCAGUUGUCAGCUUUUAAAACCAGGGAAGUGGCUUGAAGGAGGCCAGUGGAGACAGUCUAUAUGACCGGCUCUAUAGACAAUUUUAAAUUUGUGGCAGCUACAGUUGCUGUGUCUGAUGUGCUGUGUCUUUCAAAACCAGCCGAUUCAACUCCUUAAAAGGGUUUGGUAUUCCAGAUCAUUGAGCAUCCCACAUCACUGAAUUAUGCUAGCAAACCUACUUGAGUCCAGUGGAUUUUGGUAGCUUCAGGUUCUCAAGAAACUAAUACGUUGUAGCUCACUUCUGGCUACAGAAUCCUAAUAUGCUAGUGUAACAGUAUAAAAGCAUCACUCCAGCAUGGCUUAGAGCAGGGGCAGCCAAUGUGCUGCUCUUAGAAGUUGUUGGGCUACAAUUGCAUUCCCCCCCCCCAACCAUUUGUAUGCUGGCUGAGGCUGCCGGAAGGUGGAGUCCACAACAUCUGGAAGCUACCACACUGACUGCCCUGGAUUACCACGUUGGUGAAGGUUUCUCUACUGUUAGGUGCACACAGUAUAUACGGAUGCAGCUUGCAAGCCCCAAUUAUGCCAUCACAGUACACAGCCAUAGGGAUUUCUAUGCAUGUUCUUCACAACACAGGGACAGUCUCCUGGGCCCACAGCAGAACCUUUCAGAUUCUGGUAAAUCCAAGGUCCAGUCCAGAAUGGCCACAAUAGUAUCAUGCAAUAUGUUUUUAGAGGAGAUGACAAGUUUCAAAUGUACUUCAACUCGGUGCUGCAGUGCACACCAUUACUACCAAUAAGGUAAUUAAUAUAUGAUGAUCUCUGGAACCAGAGUUUCUCUGUAUGCAAUCAAACGUUCUAGGAAUGACUGGCAACUUGAAUUGGAUUUACUGAAAAGGCAAAUUGGAUUUAUAUAUUUUUAAUUCAUUCCUGCUGAGCAGUCUACAUAAUUUUUAAGAUUCUAAAGGCUUAUUGACAAGCAAGAAAUCUGGCUGGCUGCAGCAAAGAAGAGUGAGCUGGCCAAAGUGCUGAAAAUAUAGCUCCUGAAUCAGCUUGUUUUUGUUUUCAACAUCUAGCAUAAAAGAGCCCUGUAGCUAUAAGACACUUGAAAAGGAAAGAAAAAGAGCAAGGCAUAGAAAAACCUAUGCUAAAGUUCAGGACUCCUGUGAACAAAUGAUUAAAGUUCUAAAAUACUAAAUUCUACAUUUGUGUCUCUAUAGAUGUUAUAAAGGGUAUUAUUUUCUCCAUGUUCCUGUUUAUCUGCUUCUAUACCUACAAGGGGCAGAGAAUAAUACGUUGUUCCCUGUCAAAUACUCAAUUCCAGAAAGCCACUAAUUACUUUGGUUCAUAGUAAUAUUUGUGCAGCCUUCUGAAGCAGUAAAGGGCUAUGAGAGUGGUAAGACUGGGCAUUUUAAAAACCCCCACCAAUGACAGCAGAAAGGGUGUGCAUUCAUCACCUGGAAAAGAACCAUCAUCUGCACAUAGAUUUAAGUUUCUCCGAGAGAGAAAUUACUCUUUAACAUGUUUGAGAGCAUGCAACCGAAGGCAACAUCAAAUAUCCAGUAUUCAUAUACUUCAAUCAUGGACGUACCAGCAAAAAUUUAUCUGAAUGGCACAAGAACAAUUCAAGCCUUUUCAAAUGAUGACAUAGUAGGUGGAUCCAGUCACCAGUACUAUAUGCUGUCUCCAAGCAGUGGAUGAGUAGAAUAGUCCUGCUGGGGUCAGUAGAGGAUUGCUCUGCCACAUAGAAAUUGCCUGUUUAUCAGGUUUACUAUGCUGCUGUUUUUUUACAAAAAUGAGGGAUAGAAUCCAAUGCUGCAGAGAAGAAAUGUACAGCAUGCACUAUUUUUUAAAAAAGAGGUAUGUGAAAGCAUAAGGGUGUAAAAUGGUUAUUUGUUAAAUAAUCUUUCCCAUUUUUAAUUGUACACAUUACCAUAAAACAGAGAACACCUCACGCAACAAAAAGUAAACUACGUCUUACUGUGCCAUAGGAGUGAAGAGAUGAAUAACCGUUCAUUGCAAAUAACGUCACUGGCACUGGCCAUUAGGUGUCCACAACACCACAUGUGACAUUCAAAACUGCAGUGAAUAUACUAUUCUUGCAGUGUGAUUAGAGGGGAACACAAAAGUCCCAUCUGUGGAAAUGCCUGGAACACCCAAGUCAAAUGACUGCAUAUUGGGUGUUUAAGAAAGCUACCACUUGGAAAGGCUUGAAAUGCUUCUACAGAUUAUGGUGACUGUUUCUUUGUAACCAUGCAAAAGUUUAAUCUCCCCUUUUUCCCAAUGGGAGUUUUUUCUUGUUUGUAAUGAUCAGCUGCAUCCUUGUAAUUUAAUCAGUAAAGCUGUCAACCUGUCUACCCACGCUAAUAAAUGAUUACCUUUACGCUUUGUGACAGCAUCAACACAGUGUUUAUAGGCUUUGGGCACCUGGAGGCCUCUGAUAUUGAGAAGAAAUGCUUUAAGCUUACUUUAAAGAGCAUGUCCUCCCCUCAAAUGUAUUGAUUAUAUUAGGUGGCCGCUUUAUUUUGAAAGCUUGUCCAGCUGCCUGCAGCCAUGAACGAGGGAGGUUCAAGUCUUCCAAAGGCCUCAUGCAAUCUGGCUGGCUGGAUAUUCAAGGGGAUUCGAUUGUACCUCCUACAGUUCAUGUUAGUUGGUCAGACUCCUCUGCACUAGCCUCCACAGAAAUCUUAGCUGAAUGUAGCCUGGAAAGUGGCAGCAUAGACUGUGCUCCCCAGGGUACCUCCGCUGCUUAUACUGUUGGCUGGGUACUUGAGAGGCUUCAUGUUGCUGUCUCUGCGGACAUAAAAGUGCUCUAGUCGCCAGCGCUCCCAGCUUUUCUGAAAUUCUGUCCGAACCUUGCAUAAGGAAACAAAAAGGCAAGAGAGAGUGAAAGGGGAAUAAUCCAGUUUUGAGCCACUUCUAUUGUAGCACUAAGAAAAGAUGAAAUAUCCCAUAUAAUUAAACACUGGCAAGGUUCUAAAGCUCCCUUGUUAUUGUUUCAGAUAAUUUCUGUAAUUACUUAAUCAGUCCUUCAUAGGUAGUUUCAUAACCAAAAAUAAUAGCCCUCUCUCCUUCGUCUAUAAAUAGAUGUAUGCCUUAACUGAACUCCUUGCAGCAACCCGUUGAUCUAAAGUUAAGAGGGCACAUGGUUCAAACUAGUCUGAAUUUCCUGCUUCAACGCCAUUUUGAGAAUCCAAGAUACUCACUGUGACUGUCAACAAGUGUAUUUCUGCAUAUAGAUAGAGCUAAAGACCACAAUUUAUAGAAUGUUAAUUCAACAGUUUUAAAAACUUGCAUAAGACUGAAAUUCUAGGCAUGCACAAGCUUUAAUCCUACCCCUGUUGAACCACACUGACAUACUUCUGAAUAGACAUGGCUAGGAUUGUGCUGUUACUUGGGAGUGCCCUUGAAGUGAGAGGGACUUACUGCUGGGUAAAGAUGCAUAGGACUGGACUGAGGGGGCAAUCACCUGGCAAAUGCCGUUAUGCUGACUUUGAGAUCCACAGCAACAAAAAAAGGGGAGGAUUGGAGUGCUAAGAACGCACGCGCACACACACACACACACACACACACACACACGCACACACACAAUGUAAGUGAAAAGAGAGUAUUUUAAGUCACUAUGGUUGGGUGUGGAUACAAAUUGGAAAAGCCGCAAAAGUAGGCUCACCCCAUCUCGUUUUCUCAUUUCCUAAAAAAAUUUAAUGGGGGAAAGUAGCGUUUAAAUCCAAUUGUCACUGCAAGACCAAGUCUAGUGACAUGUGAAAGAAACUUAGCACAUAAGCAGGCAGCAAAGUUGGUACAACAUGUUCAAAUCUAUUAGAGAUAUCUGUUCUUAGGCUAUUGGUAAGGGGGAAAUAGCAUUUGUAUAAAGCAAAUUAUUUUUUUUUUAAGCUAUUAGAGAUCCAGUUCUGUAGCAUUCCCCCCCCCCCCCUGUAAGCUUGGACAAGGGUGUCGAUGAUGUACUACUCUCUGGUUUCUCCCCCAGCCCCCAGGAGCUUCCUUGGCUGCCCCAUAAGCCACUUUCUCAAGUACCUAUGAACUGAAAGCUCCAAAACUGUACUGAUUAAGGACAGCUCACCAUUAGGCCUUACAGUACUUAUCUUAAACUAGAACUAUAGAUCCAAAUGGAAUGCAAUAGAAUCGUAGAGUUGGAAGGGACUAUGAGGGUCAUCUAAUUCAACUGCCUGCAAAGCAGGAAUCUUUUGCCCAACGUGGUGCCCAAACCAAUGACCCUGAGGUGAAGAGCCUCAUGCUCUACCAACUGAGUAACUUUAGGUUCCAUCUUUGAACAUGGAUCUGCACUAAUCAUCUGUUAAGCAAAAUGUUUGGGGUCCAGUUACAAGAGUAAAAAGGGUGCACAGGUGGGAACUGCGGAUUUAAAUAGUUAAUUUUUUAUUCAGAGCUGCACAAUGUGUACACUAAGAUUUGAUCCAUCACGAUAGCAGCAAAAUUAGAAGCAGCAGCAAAGCCACUUAUCACAUCAGCUAGAAUUAGCUUUUUGCACAAAAAUAGAGGAUACUUAAUAAGGAAAUACUAUGUCCCUCUUGUAAAUGGAUAAUUGUGCAAGCAUAAGCCAGCUAAUUCAUCACAGUACAAGAGGUAGGUCUUGUACUGUAGAUAUUACUGUUAAGAGAGAAAAAAAUCCAUUAUGAGGUCUCUUACUGUUUAUGAUGUUUUCCAAAGGCUAGUCAUAUUAGCCUGUUGCAGAAAGCAACAGCAAAGAAUCCUGUGGCACAUAUUAAAGCAGGUGGUCCAGAUCUUAAUCUUCACAACCCUGGUGGGCCAAAUCUGACAGGUGGCCAGUCCCUAAAAUGAAGUUUCUGAGACCCCCUCAGGCACAGGGAUCUGGCGUCCACUGCGAAGACAUGCAAGUUCUACAACACUGCCUUGAAGAUAUCGCUCUGUUCUGAUCAAAAUUUCACACAAAAAAGAGAAACCAACCCAGAUUAUUGCCUACUAGGGCUGGGUGAUGUCGUUUUCAACAUCGUGAUACCAGCUAAACAUUGUGAUAUGCCAAUGUAUCAUGAUGUCUGAAAUAAGGAUGGAACUACGUAGAAGCAAAUGGGGUAAUGUCCUGGCAACUGCUACUACUUAGGGGUCUAAAACUGACAAAUUUUUACUUAUCUUUAACAUAUUGUUACAACUGUUAUUUUAUAGUUCAGCUAAUUUUAAAUUACUGUGUUAUCUCUAAAAUAGGGAGGGAAUCUAUUUAAUGGAAACCAAACACAAAAACACUAGGGGGGAAAAACCCUAUCUUUUUUCCCCCACUGGUGAGGGCAGGAGGGAACAAAGAAAAAGAAAGCAGCAGCAACACAUAAGGAAGUAUAGGGUUGUGGAAAGAAAUGUGUGUGAGAAAGCAAAGGGGUGAGGGGAGAAUUCAAGAGUGAGGAGGAGAAAAUUGGGAACGUAAUGAGGGGGGAGACAGAUCUGCACACACAGAAGAGAAGGGGGAAGAGGCUUAUAAAAUGGUGACCAAACUAUUCAAGUGUUUAAGCUUUUCAGAGUCCUUGUUUUCAUUCAAGUAAUGUAAUCCUUCUAAAUUGUAUUCUGGCAGGGUCAACAAAAUCCAAUUUGGCAACAAGAUAAUAAGGCUGUGCAACAAAAAUUCCUCCAAUCCUGAUACAUAAUUCAAGUUAACAAGCAAAGGGAUGUCAUCAUACAACUAUUCUUGUACCAAGAUCAAGGACUAUAGAGGUCUUCAACUACAACUCUCAACAUAUCAGGG